UUGAUCAUGUUGAUCAUUUAGAGGCCUUAGAAAUUUGAGUAUCAUAAGAAAUCUGACUUAGUCUUACAUAGGCUCUAUAUUGUUAAUGUAUAUCUUAUGUGUGUUUUCGUCAGCCUGUACUCCAUCAGACAGUGGUUUGACACAGAUAACAGCUUAUUCAGGAGGUUCUGUGCUGCUGCCCUGCACCUGUACCAACCCACAGGACAAUCCCAAAAGCGUCUUCUGGGAAUCCAACAGCAAAAGGGCUUCUAAAAAUGGCAUUUACGCUGAUAUAUCCAGUGUGUUUGAGCGGUACAUUGACAGAAUUACACUGUUUAAUCAGACUUCACCUGGAAACGUCUCUCUGCUCCUGUCAGACCUAACUAAGGAUGAUCAGGGAUUUUACGUUUGUUUGUUAGAUAAAACAACCAGAUUCAUAAACGUCACCAUUGAAGAGAGAAGUGAAAGUACAACACCACCUAUACUGAGUCACAGCGUGUUGAUCUCUGUGCCGUUUCUGGUAAUAGCAGCAGGAGGAGCCACCAUCAUUUACUGCAUUCACAGAGCUCACAGAAAAGCAAGAACAGAGAAUGGAGAGAUGAAUGUGGAAAAUAAUCUGGUAAUUUCAAUGCACAUUUAACAAAUUAAUAAAUGGGCCGAUUUUUAAGGAUCUUUUCAUCAUGUCUCUUUAGGA